AGAAGACUUCCCAGCAUGCAGUUCGGCGCGCGAAUUUGGAUUGUUUUGUAGUUCCCAACAUGGGAGUACUGCACGAACCAACAUACAUUAACGUGUUAGUUUAACAAUAUCAUCCCCUACAAACAUAUUCGUUUUACUUGGACAUAUUUAUGUAACGUUGGUGUUGGCAGGUAAUAGGAGGGCUGUGUGUGUUUUAGUAGUGAAUGGAGGAUGAGCAGCUCAGGACAGAGCAGCGGAGCACCAUCUGACCUCUUUGAAGACUUAUGGAGGCAGCUCAGAGAGUGCCACCAGAAUGCAUUUCAAGAACUGGAGUCAAAAGUGAGCAAGUUGAAAAAGGAGCGCUACUUAGAUGCUCAGAGACUUGAGGUGUUUCACAAUCGCACCCAGCAGCUAAAGGAGCAAAACAAAACCUUGCAGGAUGCUAUCAGUCUCCUGGAGGAAAGGGUCCGUGCAGGAGAGUGUGAUCGAUGUGCCAUCUUAGAGGAGAACCUAAAAAAUAACCAGGAUCAGAAUUUGCGCCUCAUCGCCAAACUGAAGAAUGAAAGAAACAACCUCGAGGAUGAAAACCGAAAACUAAAUGCUGAACUGCAAAAAUUAAAGAUGUCUCGAUACAAGCCCCACCAGGCGUCAUCCCCGGAACAAGAAGAAGGCAUCAUCCCAGACUCACCAAUCCUACCAAGCUCCCUGCCUGUGGCAAACAAACUGAAGAAACGAAAGAAUAUAGAUAAGCUGACGCAUGUUCGCUAUGCAGAGAUGCCUCUACCACAGUUGAACUAUUCCCUCUUCAGCGUACUGGAUAAGGAGCCUGUUGACGCUACAACAGAUCCUGGAAGAGCACAAGUGCUUGUACCCAACACGUGUGAAUUGGACGCAUCCCAAAUUUCAAAUGAUGUGAAUUUAAAUCUGGAAGAAGCGAUAGCCGAAACCUGCGGCCUUGAACUUAUUUACAAGCCUCACACGAAACAUGAGAAAACCGCAGGCCAGCAAAGCAGCUCAAAACCUCCCUGGAAGUAUGGCGUUCAUUUAAAACCUCACCGCUCCUCACUUUCUUCCACGCUGCUCCACAGUCCAGACUCGACCACAGAAAGGUCUCCGUCACUUCUCCACGGUGUCAAAAGGUUUUCGGAGGACGGUUCCAUUAAUAAACCAAAACGGAAGAAGGAGGAAAGUGAGCCGGAGGUGCAAGAGGAGGACAAACAAGGAAUCCAGGACGGGGCGAACAAACAGAAUGGUGGCAAACACGUACAACAUAAACUCAUCAAACAAACCUCCACACCUUUAAGCAUUCAAAGCUUCAAGCAGGGGCUGCUGGACAGCAAGGUUCAGUCAGCACACCAUGGGACUUCCAACCAAAGGCCAAAUGUUUCCUGUUUAAGUCCUGCUUUCAAAAAGCCAAAUGUUAAAGGAGAAGCAAACAAGGAUCUGAAUGCCACACAUAAACAACAUGAAGGCAAAGAUGCUGAAAGGAAGCCUAAUAUGGAGCCCAUGUGGAGCAUUGACCCUGCGCUCGCUCUGUCCAUGUAUGACAGUGAGGGGAGAGGAGACGAGCAAAAGGAGGAAGAAGAAGCAGCAGCAGCAGCAGCAGAAGAAGAAGAAGAAGAAGAAGAAGAAGAAGAGGAGUGCCCUGGAGAUUUGGCAGACACCGACCGCACUUGGGUCAGUCACAGUUUACUCCAGUGUUGGGGAGAAAAGGUCCAGGACAAAAGGAACAGUGUGUCUGGACUAGGCGGGAAGGCAAACGACAGUUUGGAUAUGAUGUUUGACACGACAGCUUACGGAGAAUACAAGUCUUUUAACAAUUCACACGUAGGCCAGAGCCAGCCCUGUGGUGCUGGGGAUGAAGGAGAAGCAGGAGAAGAAGAGGAGAAUGAUGAUCCUCAUGAAAACACUAUGAGCCAAAGUAACAGGCACAAAGCACAACGGCCAACAUUUGCACACAUGGCUGUGGUUCGCAAGAAAGACGAGAGAAGAAAACUGAAGGGCACGACCUGCAAGGAAUGUGAAAUUUAUUACGCCCAUCUCCCUGAAGACGAAAAGGAGAAGAAGCUGUCUGCAUGCUCAAGGCACCGAUUUCUGUACAUUCCUCCUUGUACUCCUGAAAACUUCUGGGAAGUUGGAUUCCCAUCAACUCAAACAUGCAUCGAAAGAGGUUAUAUCAGGGAAGAGAAGGAUCCCCAGGCUCGUACUCGGAGAAGACAACCAUAUAAUGCUUUAUUCUCCCAGAAGCAAAGCCAGCAAGAGAGCUAAAAAAGAAAAGCAUGUUUUUCUUUAUAGGAGGAGGCGUCGUCUUAUUAAGAAUGUUUUACUGGCUUGUGUUUUUGCUAGAUUUUCUAGAUGGUGAGUGAGUAUGCUUUGGGUACAUUGAGAUAAAUAAAAAUGACUAUAUGUA